AUGUCCGCGUUCAACUCUCGUCAAGCAGCCAAGAGCUUCCAAGCUAUCGAGACAAACGAUGGUGCUGGAGCGCACAUACGCCGCUCGAUCGGGUCUCCCGUUCUGUACAACUUUGAUCCGUUCUUAAUUCUAGACGAGUUCCACGUGGGGCUUCCGGGAGGUUUCCCGGAUCACCCACAUCGCGGCUUCGAGACAGUCACGUACGUGUUCCCAACGUCGAAAGGAGGCAUGCGCCAUGAGGAUUUCAUUGGGAAUAAAGGGGAAUUGCGACCCGGAGACUUGCAAUGGAUGACGCCCGGCAGAGGCAUCAUGCACGCAGAGAUGCCCUCGAGUACUGAGCCAGCUCACGGCUUGCAGCUCUGGGUGAACCUGCCGAAAGAGAGGAAGAUGAUCACGCCUCGAUACCAAGAAAGCAGUCGCGAGUCCGUACCGCAUGCUUUUAAUGCUGAUAAAAGCAUCGAGGCCAUUGUGUUCGCUGGACAAGAUUUCGGCUACAAGGGACCAGUCGACACAGAAGCUCCAGUGACGUACGUACAUUUUCUGUUGAAACCAGGAGCGAGGAUGGAGUAUUCCAUUUCAACCAAUCACAAUGUGUUUGUGUACGGCUUAUCGGGGAGCGGUAAAUGUGACAACACACACGUUGUAGCUCAUGAAGCCAUUGCGAUGGAGAAGGAAGGAGACGGCGUGUUGCUAACGGCAGCGGAAGAUGAAAACCUUGAAGUGGUGGUGAUAACAGGAGAACCUUUGAACGAGCCGGUGCAUCAAUAUGGACCCUUUGUUAUGUCUUCAGAAGAGGACAUUCACAACACGCUUAGAGACUUCGAUCUUCGCGCCAAUGGAUUCGAAGACGCACACGGAUGGAGAUCCACCAUUGCACCGCGUCGCCGCCAUCGCUAGUAAUCCGUACACUUCUAAAAAAAUAAAAAUAACCAGUUUUUUUUGCUGUAAA